GUUUAGAGUACCACGUGGUACCCCUGUGUCGUCUGCCCUUGCAGUAGCAGUUCUAUGCUAUAGCGUUUCGAUUUAUAAUGUCUAUAACAAAGACAACGGCGGGGAAAACCAUCGACAUAGUAAAGAAUCUACCUCGUAUUACCCUCGCAAACCUUCGACCAAACCCGGGGUCGAAAAAAAGAUGUAAGUUUCUUUAUUUAAGAUGUGGAAGAUCAGAAAAGCACAGAGGUCGUGGAAUGCAUGGAGGCAAUAAAAGUGGACGGGGGCACACGGGUGAACGGCAGCGUGGUAAUCGACCCCGACUGGGCUUUGAAGGUGGACAGACUCCGUUCUAUCUGGUCAUUCCAAAAUAUGGCUACAAUGCCAAUCACAGUCGUCGGCUGCAGUAUCCCCCACUAUCCCUACGCAGACUCCAGUAUCUAAUAGAUUUAGGUCGUGUUGACCCCAUGCAACCCAUCGAUCUAACCCAACUCGUCAAUUGCAGAGGGAUUGCAAUCCAGCCUAUGAAACGAGACUAUGGUGUUCAGCUGGUUGAUGAGGGGGCUGAUAUAUUUCGUGCUAAAGUAAACUUGGAGGUCCAGGUUGCUUCAGAGAAAGCUAUUGCUGCAGUUGAGCGAAAUGGUGGUGUGAUCACAACCAGCUACUAUGAUCCUCGUAGUCUCCAAAUCCUCACCAAACCAGUACCCUUUCUCAUGUCUGGAGAUCCUAUACCCAAGCGCCUUCUCCCUGGGGAAGACCUUCUUCCAUAUUACACAGAUGCCAGUAACCGCGGCUACCUCGCAGACCCAGAUAAAGUCCGAGCUGCGAGGCUAGGUCUGGCUAAAAAGUAUGGCUACACCAUACCUGACAUCACAACAGACAAAAGUUUUGAAAUGCUGGUACAAAGAAAAGAUCCUCGUCAGAUUUUUUUUGGGUUGUCACCCGGUUGGGUGGUGAAUAUGGCAGACAAGAAGAUCCUCAAACCUACUGAUGAUAAAGUCUUGCAGUAUUAUGGCAAUGUUAAGUCUUUAUAGCUCUUCACAUUGUGAAUGUCUAUGGAAAUAAGUUUGUGUAUAUUUAUAUAGUGAAAGUUGUAAAAACCUAAAUUCAGUGUCUGUUAAUAAAAAAAACCUGAUUCAACAAAUA